AUGGAGAAGCACUCGACGUCCCCAUCUGCUCGAAGGAGCAACAGAGAGAAGGGCGAACACAGCGCGUCUGAUGGAAGCUCAGUUACACCACGUGCGACGCGUUGCUGUGUCGCUAGUGAUGAAUCCCACGAGGCCACGAACACGUCUGGGCCCUGUGUAGAGACAGAUCCACCUCGCGAGAAGAAAAGCUUCGCAGAGAGAGUUAGGCGACGACUCAGGCUGAUCUCUGCUUUCUACCUGCAUUGUCGUGAGUAUAAAUGGGGACGUCGGCGGUCGCGCACGAUCGCAUUGUCUUCGGCUCUGUACCUGUUACCUGCUCUUGCGUUAUUUCCCGUGUGCACGUGGGAAGCGUGGCUGUGGAUCCUGACGGCUAUCUUUUCAUUCAACGCAGAUUACACCUUUGCAGGAAUGCGGGAUAACCUGUGGAUCUGUGGGGUCCAUAUGGCCGACCGGUAUUUCGCCAGCGCCAUGUUGGGUCUACAGAUUUUCUACAACAUCCCCUUAUGGUUCCGGAAAGCGAUCAGCAUUGGCGCAAUUGGCCUGGGGUUGACCCUUGCUUGUUGUGUGUUCAAGCUUCUUGGAAUGCGCACCAAAGUGUUUCGCCACCAUGUCAUAUAUCACACGCUGUGGCAUGUGAUUGGAAGCGUCGGUCGGGUUCUCGUUGCUGUCUUAGAGUAUCCGGAACUGUUAACUAUGUGGUACUAG